AUGAACGGAGGAGGCAGAGGAAGAGGAGAGUCCGGUGGAGAUAGAGGCCGAGGUGGAGGCCAGAGAGGGGGUGAAGGGAGAGGCGGCGACUACCGAAAUGGCACCAACGCUCACGGAAGGGGAUUCGAGAGUGGAGAUCAGCGCAACAGAUAUCGUGGAGGAGGAUCCUUUGGGGGAGGAGGCAGAGGAGGCAUGGGUGGAGGAGGUUUCGGCUCUGUUUUACCCGUAAUGCGCGGUCCUCUGAAGUGUCUUUCCAAUCACUGCGGAUUAGUCGUGUCGCGCCGCAAACAAGGGCUGGCUUUAUGGAAGCACUUCGUGGACUUCAAAGCGAAAGCAGAGCCUGGGAAGAAGCGUAUGCUCUCGUAUGAGGCGCGUCGUGAACUUCUUGACGAGUUCUUGGAUGGUCUGGUUGCCCUGGACCACCUCAAGAGGGAGGAGCGAUCUCUCAUUCUAUACGACGGAGAUCACCUUCUCGUCUUUAUGGGGAAACUUGAAUAUUUGAUCAUGAAUCAUGCUGCAGUUCAAGAGGGGUACCAAAUGUUCAACGGGGUCAAUUUCUUCAAGGACCUGCCUGAGAACUUUUUUCCUCUACGCGGACAAAAUAAAGCCUUCCAGAUAUGGGACGGUUUCUCCCAAGCUGUGGCGCCGUAUCAAACGUCAGGAGCGCUGAGCUGGAACGCGGUAUUCAAUCUUCGUGCGUGUACUGCAACGAAGGCCAUUCCCCUCGUCAAGUAUAUUGAGAUCCAGGCAUCCGCUAUUGCGAAAAGGAUGGUGGACUUGUCCACUGACAAAGGCUGCCGAGCCCUGAUGGCCGAUGCGGAAGUGAUGAGAAGGCUCAAUAAACGUCUGAGAGGGACGAAAGUGGAGUCUUUCCAUAUUCUCAAUCGAGACACAAAACGGCCAGAGAAGAGGGUUUACAAGCUGAAGGAAUUGAUGACCUUCUCUGCGAGCAGUGAGGAGAGCCGUUUUGAUUUGCAGGAUGGCAGAACAGUUACGGUGCUGCAGCAUUUUCAGGAAUCAUAUCCUCAUGUAUCUGGUAUUCCGCCGUUCCAGCUACUAAUCAACACGCGCAGCAAAAAUCGCCCCGCGUAUUUGCCGAUCUCCAUCGUCACGCUCAAACAUCAGCCAGUCCGGGAGGGCAUCACUGAUGAGGAUCGUGCGCAGAUCGCAGAACACAUGAUCAUGCCUCCUCGAAAUCGCGUGGCAAAGAGUGAGCAGCUGUUAAGCCUUGUCUUUGGGCCGCAGGGAGGCUCAGCUACGAAGGUUCUCGAUGCUUUUGGCGUAGUGCUGCAGCGUGAAGCAAAGACAGCAGAAGGGAAAGUCCUUGAAUCUCCUCUCAUCAAGUACCGCGAAGUCCCAGGCGGAAUCCCAGGCAGGUCGACGAAAACAAUCCGCCCAGCUCAGGGCGACUGGAAUUUGCGGGACGCAGCCUUCUGCCGUGGCACAGUGUGCCGAGUCUGGGCAUUGUAUUCGUUCGUUGAGACCAAUCAAAAUGUUAUUGAGAAGUUGGCAAGAGUCCUGAAAGCUCAGGGCGCAACGUACGGUGUUAAUUUGACGACCAAACCGGGACUGGGCGCUUACACGAGAAGCGAUCGGCGCGCUAUGCUGGACCAGUUUGCCGCCUUUGUUGCUCUUGCAAAGACCAAGGGUUGCGAACUCCUCUUCGUGAUUCUAAAUGAACGCGUUUCCAUGGAAAUAUAUCAAAUUGUGAAGUCAUGCACGGACGUUAACUUCCCGUCGCAGUGUUUAAACGGACGACACAAAUGCAUUGAAGCGAUCUUCCGUGGAGACAACCCAAAUCCGCAGUAUUUCGCAAAUGUAAUGUCCAAAGUGAACAUGAAACUGCAAGGAGUGAAUCAGACCCUUGAGGCGGAUAUACUCAAGCAGGAAAUAGGAAUGGACAAGAGUACAUUGGUCUUAUCAGUAGAAACAUCCUUCUUUUCAAAUCCAAGUAAACCACGCCCCCCCCCUACAGCGCCCGUGGUGUGUGCUUGUACGGGCAACGUAGAUGAUGAUCUCGGGGUGUUCGGUCAUGCUGUUUGCGUCGAAUCUCGAAAGGAGCCCAUUGUGACAGAUAUUGGAAAGAUGUUUAGGAUGAUUCUUUCUUAUCGAAAGACAGCCAAGAACUGGCCGGCGCGAAUUAUUUAUCUUCGAUCUGCCACCACAGAAGCACAUUUCCCUCUUGUAUUGGCAGGCGAAAUUCGAGCGAUCGAGGAGUUGUAUGUUCGUGAAAACCGUCCGAAGCCUCGAAUCCUCGCGGUGGCAGUUCAAAAGCGCCAGCAAACACGCUUAUUUCCCACGAAGGAAAUGCAGUCGCAGGGAAACAACCUGCCCCCUGGGUUCUUGCUUGCGGAUUCUCUCCAACAUCCAGGACAGUUCCGAAACUUCUUGUUGAUCUCCCAUAAAGCACUCCAAGGGACAGCCCGUCCAACACGGUAUUACAUUUUGAGAGACGAUGCGAACCGGGACAUCGAACGAGUUGCCCAGCUUAUGUACUCCCUUUGCCACGCAUAUGGCCGCUGCCAGCGUGCGGUUUCCAUUCCCGCCCCCAUCUAUUACGCUGAACUGCUCGCGGCAAGAGCUCAAAGCUACAUGAAGGUUGGAAUGCGUAGAGAAAGAAAUAUAGAUAUGGAUGAUCUUUCUCACCUCAGUGGCGAAAGUGGGGAAAAGAUACUUGCUGAGACCCGGCAGUUUGCCGACGAGUAUUUAAGAAGCACGGCAGCCAGGGUGACCCCGAUGGUGUUUUGCUGA